AAAAACAUACCCAGUGAGGCGAGAACACACAUAUCUCGCAUUCUGUUACACGUUUGUUAGCAUUACACCGCCACGGCUGUCUUAAUAGAGACGUGACAGAGAUGUUCAGCCUGGCGCCCGCAUGUUGAACAGCGGAAAACCUUUGUGACUGGAUCUCUUGCUAGCGCAUAAUGCGAGCACCCGUGAGUCGCUGUCUCUCCAGAGAGUGGAGGUAGGGCUCGUGGACACGGUUCCUUAGUAGCCAAGGACAUUAGCAUUAACUGCGUGCUGAGCGCGAGACGCGGGAUCUCGUGAAGAGCUCUGCUAAUCCAGCAAGUCACUCGCUGUCAGGGCGGUAUUGCACGCGCACACGGCGCCAGAAAGACGGCGGAACACAAAUCACGGACAGACCUAUGGUUGGAAUUCGGUUAUUUUUUUCUUCGCCAAUGCAAAAGGAAAUAUGCAGCGAAGCUUCACCCUGCUCUGCACCAGCUUUUUGGGGGUGUGUUUAGGUUCAAGUUUUCCAAGUAAUAUAAAUAUUGGUGGACUGUUCCCUACCGGCUCUCACGAAUAUGAGGUUUUUCGGUUUGCACUCUCGCACCACCAGGACAUCCCCAAACUGGUACCCCAGGUGGAUAUGGUCAAUAUCACACAGAGCUUUGCAAUGACAUAUGCGUUUUGCUCCCAGUUCUCUAAGGGAGUGUACGCCAUCAUCGGGCUGUACGACAGGAAGACGGUCAACAUGCUGAUGUCGUUCUGCGGGGCGCUGCACGUGUGCUUCGUCACGCCCAGCUUCCCCAUCGAGACGUCCAAUCAGUUCGUCAUCCAGCUGCGCCCCGAGCUGCAGGACGCCCUGGUGGGCGUCAUCGAGUACUACAAGUGGACCAAGUUCGUCUACAUCUACAGCUCCGACUCAGGGCUGACGGUGAUGCAGAAGGUUCUGGACUCAGCGGCAGAGAAGAACUGGCUGGUGACCUCGGUGAACCUGGAGACCAUGACGGAGGCCGCCUUCAUGAAGGUCUUCCAGGACCUGGACAAGAAGAAGGAGGGCCAGAUCGUCAUCGACUGCGAGGUGGAGAAGCUAGCCUCCAUCCUCAGAACGAUCGUAUCCGAGGGAAAACAUCUGAAGAACUACCACUACAUCCUGGCCAACCUGGGCUUCCUGGACAUCGACCUGACGGAGUUUAAGAACGGCGGGGCGAACGUGACGGGCUUCCAGCUGGUGAACUAUACGGACCAGAACGUGAGCCGCGUCCUGCAGCAGUGGCUCGACUUCGACAGCAAGGACGCCAAAGUGCCCAAACGGAGGCUGAAGUACACGGGCGCACUCACGUACGACGGCGUGAGCGUCAUGGCCACCGCCUUCCAGAACCUGCGGAAGCAGCGGAUCGACAUCUCCCGCCGCGGGAACGCCGGAGACUGCCUGGCCAAUCCGCCGGCGCCCUGGGGCCAGGGCAUCGACAUACAGAGGGCCCUGCAGCAGGUUCGUAUCGACGGGCUGACCGGACACAUCCAGUUUAACGAGAAGGGCCGGCGGACCAACUACACGGUCAGCGUGAUGGAGCUGAGACCCAACGGCCCCAAGAAGAUUGGCUACUGGAAUGAAGAUGAGAAGUACGUGAGCACAGCAGGUUCCCACGGAAACGACACCUACGCCCUCCUGAACAGGACGUACAUCGUCACCACCAUCCUGGAGUCCCCGUACGUGAUGCUGAAGAAGAACCACGACCAGCUGGUGGGGAACGACAAGUACGAGGGCUACUGCGUGGAGCUGGCCGCGGAGAUCGCCAAGCACGUGGGGUACAGCUACAAGCUGGAGAUCGUGUCGGACGGGAAGUACGGAGCGCGGGACCCCGACUCCAAGAUGUGGAACGGCAUGGUGGGGGAGCUGGUCUACGGGAAAGCAGACGUAGCGGUGGCUCCUCUCACCAUCACCCUGGUGAGGGAGGAGGUGAUCGACUUCUCCAAGCCCUUCAUGAGCCUGGGCAUCUCCAUCAUGAUCAAGAAGCCCCAGAAGUCCAAGCCGGGCGUGUUCUCCUUCCUGGACCCGCUGGCCUACGAGAUCUGGAUGUGCAUCGUGUUCGCCUACAUCGGCGUGAGCGUGGUGCUGUUCCUGGUGAGCCGCUUCAGCCCGUACGAGUGGCACGCGGACGACCUGGAGGACUGCCAGGACCCCCAGCAGGGCCAGUCCUCCACCUCGGGCCAGCCGGGACAGGCCCAGCCCAGCUCGCCCCAGCAGAGCUCGGACCAGACCAACGAGUUCGGCAUCUUCAACAGCCUGUGGUUCUCCCUCGGGGCCUUCAUGCAGCAGGGCUGCGACAUCUCGCCCAGGUCUCUGUCCGGCCGCAUCAUCGGUGGGAUCUGGUGGUUCUUCACCCUCAUCAUCAUCUCCUCGUACACGGCCAACCUGGCGGCCUUCCUCACGGUGGAGAGGAUGGUGUCGCCCAUCGAGAGCGCCGAGGACCUGGCCAAGCAGACGGAGAUCGCCUACGGAACCCUGGAUGCCGGCUCCACCAAAGAGUUCUUCAGGAGGUCAAAGAUCGCGGUGUUUGAGAAGAUGUGGUCCUACAUGAAGUCGGCCGACCCGUCGGUGUUCGUGAAGACGACGGACGAGGGAGUGAUGAGGGUGAGGAAGUCGAAAGGGAAGUACGCCUACCUGCUGGAGUCCACCAUGAACGAGUACAUCGAGCAGAGGAAGCCCUGCGACACCAUGAAGGUGGGCGGGAACCUGGACUCCAAGGGCUACGGGAUCGCCACACCCAAAGGGUCACACUUAAGAAUCCCAGUAAACCUAGCGGUGUUGAAGCUCAAUGAGCAAGCCGUCUUAGACAAACUGAAAAACAAAUGGUGGUACGAUAAGGGCGAGUGUGGAGACAAGGACUCUGGAAGAAAGGACAAGACCAGCGCCCUGAGCCUCAGUAAUGUGGCCGGGGUGUUCUACAUCCUGAUUGGAGGGCUGGGCCUGGCGAUGCUUGUGGCCCUGGUCGAGUUCUGUUACAAGUCCAGAACCGAGUCCAGGCGAAUGAAGCAGUCGAUCAGCGAUGCCCUGCGGAGCUCCACCCUGAGCAGGGCCAGUGGGAACGGCAGCGGGGGUGAGAACGGACGCGUGGUGACGCACGACUUCCCCAAAACCGUGCAGACCCUUCCCUGCAUGAGCCACGCUGCGGGACUGGGGCUCAGCACCUCUGGCAUGUGAGGGGACACCGGGGGGGUGGGGGGGGGGGGCGGGGGGGCAGCGUGACGGGGGGGCAGGGUGGGGGGGCUGAGGAACUACCCCAAUCUGCCCCCCCCCACCCACUUCAGACAAACUGCCAAAAGGACUGACGGAUUCCUCCCAGGGAACUUCGGGGGGACUGUGGGGGGUGGGGGGUGGGGGGAUUUUAUUUUAUUUUUUAAGAAAUAUUGUUUGUUAAAAAAAGAAAAUCACGUGCUGCAAUAACUAAGCCGCCUGGACUUUUUUUAAAAAGUGUAAAUUUAUGUGAUUUAAAAAAAAGAAAGAAAAUUAGCAACAAAAAGAAACAAAAAAAAAUUUGACACUGCGCUGUGCUGGAGUUAUAGCUCGAUUCCUUUAGUGUCUUUGUGCAAUAUUUCAGUUCAGAGUUCAGCCUUUCCCUCACUUUUAUUCAAUGACCCAAUCACAGAAAAGUGAUUUCUUUUGCACAUAAUAAUAAUAAUAAUAUUAAUAAUAAUAAUGAUAAUAAUAAUAAUGCGUUCUCUCCUGUUCUGAAGUCCAAUACAGAGAAUGUAAGUGCCGUUCUCUGUGUUUGGAAACCCUCUUUAUUAAUGUGUAAUGUUGGGUUGGCACAGUGCUCUGGACAGGAAAUCCUCACCUGUUUCAGCCACUGUAAAUACACAGAAGCCACAGAACUUCCUGUGGGGCUGCAGGUGCUGAGCGGAUAUUGAGCCUGUAUCGAGGAGCAGGCUGGGGAGGCGGUCAGUGGGUCCUCCUUCCUGGAGGCUGGACUCUCUUCCCACAGAUAAAUCCAGUUUCUGCAUAUUUCUGUUUUAUAGACAUUAUAACUGUGUGUUGCUGCUACAUCUCCUGGGACCCGUUAUACCUCAUUAUCCUGUAAUGAACCAUUUCAGCCUCUUAAUCGGUCCACUGUAAAUCAGAACCAUAACGUUCAGUCACACCCCAACGUUCAGUACACAACCCCAACGUUCAGUACACAACCACAACGUUCAGUACACAACCAUAACGUUCAGUACACAACCAUAACGUUCAGUCACACCCCAAAAUUCAGUACACAACCACAACGUUCAGUACACAACCACAACGUUCAGUCACACCCCAACGUUCAGUACACAACCAUAACGUUCAGUCACACCCCAACGUUCAGUACACAACCACAACGUUCAGUACACAACCAUAACGUUCAGUACACAACCACAACGUUCAGUACACAACCACAACGUUCAGUACACAACCACAACGUUCAGUCACACCCCAACGUUCAGUACACAACCAUAACGUUCAGUCACACCCCAACAUUCAGUACACAACCAUAACGUUCAGUCACACCCCAAAAUUCAGUACACAACCACAACGUUCAGUACACAACCAUAACGUUCAGUCACACCCCAAAAUUCAGUACACAACCACAACGUUCAGUCACACCCCAACGUUCAGUACACAACCAUAAUGUUCAGUCACACCCCAACGUUCAGUACACAACCACAACGUUCAGUACACAACCAUAACGUUCAGUACACAACCAUAACGUUCAGUCACACCCCAACAUUCAGUACACAACCAUAACGUUCAGUCACACCCCAAAAUUCAGUACACAACCACAACGUUCAGUACACAACCACAACGUUCAGUACACAACCACAACGUUCAGUCACACCCCAACGUUCAGUACACAACCAUAACGUUCAGUCACACCCCAACGUUCAGUACACAACCACAACGUUCAGUACACAACCAUAACGUUCAGUACACAACCAUAACGUUCAGUCACACCCCAACGUUCAGUACACAACCAUAACGUUCAGUACACAACCAUAACGUUCAGUCACACCCCAACGUUCAGUACACAACCAUAACGUUCAGUACACAACCAUAAUGUUCAGUACACAACCACAACGUACAGUCUCACCCCAACAUUCAGUACAGGACCAUAAUGUUCAUGAAACCUGAACACAAGAGUCAUAAGCACUGCCAGCUCUCAGAUACUGAACAUUAUACUGAACAUUACGCCAACUGUUCAGUAAACAAAUGUGAAACUUUUCAGUUAAUAAGCAACGUGUGUGUGUGUACAUGCGUCUGCGCGUGCGUGUGUGUGUACAUGUGGCUGGAUGUGUGUGUGUGUGUGUGUGUGUGUGUGUGUGUUAGAGAUCACGUAUGUGCAUUUUCACAGGCAGUGAGCCUACUUACUAAGGACUUCACAGAAACCAAGGGCUUUGUGGGUAAUGGAGCAGGUGUGGGAGCACAGGUUGUGUGUGAGCCCCAUAGAGAUCAUACAUGCUGAGCUUUUUAUUCUUUAUUUUUUUAUCAACACACAGCCUUCAUUAUGAGUGCAGUGAGGGCUGCUGCCAUGGCGACCGGGCUGUAUGUAUGGGUGGCUGUGUGUGGCUGACUUUAACAUGACGGGUGACUAAAUGUCUGCGCAUAGUACGUGAGCAUCAUCAGAUGGGGUCGACCUUUGAACCCUUCAGGGAUGAAUUAGUCCCACAAUAUUCCGGCAUCAUUCCUACUCGAGUCUUCAUGACCUAUGAUUACCUCUUACAUGUCGUUUAACAAUUCACAUUAACAGACACGGAUUUCACUGGUCCGUAACAUGUAAGAAAAAAUGAAUAAUUGGCCCUAAUACAGAUUAUUUUAUGCAUGUGGUAGGAACUUUUAUUCAAUAUGAUACUAUAAUCUACAGUUUACACAAAUAGGAGACCUUGAUUUAUGUAACAACAGAGAGAGGGGGAGGAAGGAGAGAGUAGGGGAGAGAGGGGGUAGAGAGCUGGGGAAGUAGAGAGAAGGGGGGGGGGGGAGGGGGGAGAGUUACUGCCUCUCUAAAGUUCUGUUCUCCGGGCUUGUAAAGAUCAGCUCCAGGCAGGGUGGGGCCCGUCUCUCUCUGCCCACCCCAGGAGCCCCAUUCUGCCACAGGUGCCGGCCCCAUCCUGUGACUGACUCUGAGUCACACAGGCAUCCACAACCGCACUUAAUCAAAACCAUGGCAACUGUUACCAGGCAACCCUUUUGGUUGCUCCUCUCUCAGCUGUUGGCAUGAGGAGCAGUGCUUGGUUGAAAGGGGGAAAAGAACAGGGAGCAGUGUUUGCUUUUACCGAGCGCAUCAGCGGGGGCGGCGGGAGCCAGACCUCAGAUUGAGCUGUCUCUCACGGACCCGUGCCGUACCCCGUGCGUACGGGACGGGCUAAUCUGCGCUCGAACCCAAACUGGGGUUCGGUUUGCAGGGGCAUGCUGGGAGGAGCCGCUCCGUGCGUGAGAAGCGCACUGAGUCUGCGGCCCCUCAGAGAACCGGCACUCACAGAGAAACUGGGGGAGUCAGUCACAGACUCUGUGCAGGAGAGAAACUGGGGGAGUCAGUCACAGACUCUGUGCAGGAGAGAAACUGGGGGAGUCAGUCACAGACUCUGUGCAGGAGAGAAACUGGGGGAGUCAG